AUGUCCGAUGUUUCGGACCAACAACAACAUCAAAUGGGCCUUUGGCCCUGUAUGAGUUAUGUUAUUGGUGAGAAUUUUUGAGAACAUUUUAACAGUUAAUUAAUUAAUUAAUAUAAUUUUUUAGCAAAUAUCAUUGGAGCUGGAAUUUUCAUCACACCCGGUCCGAUUCUCAAAUAUGCACAAUCGAAUGGUUUGGCUCUUGUUGUUUGGCUUGGCUGUGGUUUGAUAUCAUUGAUUGGCGGAAUUUGUUAUAUUGAAUUGGGAACUUCGAUUUUGGAACCGGGUUGUGAUUUUGCAUAUAAUGUUGGUUUUUUUUUGGAAAAAUUUUUUAUAAAAUUGAGAUUUUUUUUUAAUUCCUGAAUUUUCAUUCAAAAAAAGUUCCGAAAAUUUGAAUAUUGGUCAGAGAAAUAGUUGAAUUUUGACUUCUAUUGUACUAACUUCAGAAAAAUUUACUGUAAAACUUUAGAACUUAAAAGAACUCAACUAUUUAAAUUACCAAAAUCCAAGUUUUUUCUAAAAAAAAAUCUGAAAAACUAUUUUUUAAUGGAAAAAAUAUCUUUAACUAAAUCCAAAUCCAAAUUUUCUGGAAAAAAUUCAGAAUUUUUAAAAAAAUCUUUUUUCUGAAUUUUUUUGAUCUUUUGAUAUUUUUUGGAACAGUAAAAAAUAUUUUUAAAUAUUUUUUUGAGUUUCUGGAUUCAAUUUCUGACCAAAAUCCAAAUUUCAAUUUUAAAAAUUCAAGAAUCCAUUAUUUUUGAGUAAAAGUUCAGGUAAAAAAUCAUUUUCAAUUUUUUUGUGUUCUGUUCUGAAGUCCACAAAUUCCAGGUGUACGUUGGCUGGGAAGCGAUUGCAUUUUCAUUCAUGUGGGUUGGAGUUGUCAUGUCAUUUCCAGCUUCAGCCGCAGUUCAAGCACAAACUUUUGGACAAUAUAUUGGUAGGCUUCUUUUUCUUCCACUGUUUUCUCUCUCCUAACUUUCUCUAUAAAUAUUUCCAGUCGCUGGUUUGAGCCCGAUUUGGACACCAGAUGAUCUUCUCAAAGAAAUAACCGAAAGAGGACUUGGAUUUUUGUUGAUCAGUAAGAAUUUUUUCUCUAUUUCAUCAAAAAAAUAUACAAAUUUUUGCAGUUCUACUCACAAUUUUGAACCUCUACGCCAUUGAUAAAUACGCAUCGAAAUUCCAAGUUUUUGUGACUCUCGCCAAACUUUUAUCACUGGCUGUUAUUAUUGUAACCGGCUUCUAUUUUCUGAUUUUCAAGGGCUGGACUGCAAAUCUCGAAAAUCUAUUCGGUGGAAGUACAACAGAUAUCGGUGAUAUUUCAUUAGCAUUUUAUGGAGCACUUUGGAGUUUUGCUGGAUGGGAUAUUUUGAAUUAUGGAACACCGGAGAUCCAUAAACCUCGACGAACUAUGCCGAUCGCAUUAUUGGGUGGAAUCACAUGUGUUACAUUGAUUUAUUUGGCGAUGAAUGUGGCUUAUAUGACUGUAUUAACCAAAGGUCAAAUUGAGAAUAGUACUGCAAUUGCGGCGGAUUUUGCACAAGAAACUCUUGGCAAUUUUUCAUAUGCUAUUCCAUUUAUGAUUGCUGUUUUGUUAAUUGGAACAUUGAAUAGUAAUAUUUUCUGUGGAUCAAGGUAUGGUUUUGGAGGGAGGGGCACUAGACCUCAAAAUCUUUUUUUAAAAAAAUUUUCUAAGUAUCUCACUUUCACGUUGACAUUUUUAAAACAAUUUUGAAACGUUUUUUUCGCGUUAAGAAAUCAAGUUGCUCUCAGUUUGUUGAAAUUGUUUCUUAUUUUUUGUCUUUUUUACAAAAAUUCGACUCAAAUUCUUAAAAUUCGAAAUUCAAGUAGAAACUUGACUUGAAAAAGGUCACAUUCAAAUUUCUACAGUACCAUUGCUCAGGUUACUUUAGUUUUUGUAAGUUUGUAAUUUAAUUGAGAAAAAUAUCGAAAAUUGAAAAUCCUAAAUUUAUUUAUGAAAUUUUUGAAACGUAUUUGUUUCUUGUUUUUUGUGAACCGAAAUUCCACGUGGCAGAGCUAUAAAUUUGGCGCCAAAAAUUUUCAACAAUUAAAUUUCUACAGUACCAUUGCUCAGGUUACUUUAGUUUUUGUAAGUUUGUAAUUUAAUUGAGAAAAAUAUCGAAAAUUGAAAAUCCUAAAUUUAUUUAUGAAAUUUUUGAAACGUAUUUGUUUCUGGUUUUUUGUGAACCGAAAUUUCAUUUGGCGGAGCUAUAAAUUGAGCGCCAAAAAUAUUUAGAAACUAAAUUAUUACAGUACCAUUGCUCAGGUUACUUUAGUUUUCUGUGAGAAUUCAAAAAGAAGAAAGAUAUCGAAAAUAAUUCCGAUAUUGUUUCAGAAAUUUUUGAAUCGUAUUUUUUUCGCGGCAAAAAAAUCAAAAUCAAGUUGGUGUAAAUGUGGAGCCACGUAAAAUACACCGGAAUUUUUCAACGGAGUAUCGUUGUAAAACAUUUUUCAUACAUUUAAAAAUACUUUUCUAUGAUACAACGAUACUCCGAGUUUACACCUGUUUUGAAAAUUUACGAGGCUCCAGAUUUACGCCGCCUUGAUAUUGAUUUUGGGCGCGAAAAAAUAUGUUUCAAAAAUUUUUGAAUUCUCACUGAAAGCCAAAGUAACCUGAGCAAUGGAACUGUAGAAAUUUAAUUGCUGAAAAUUUUUGGCGUCAAAUUUAUAGAUCUGUCAUGUGGAAUUUCGAUUCACAAAAAAACCAGAAAAAAAUACGUUUCGAAAAUGUUAUGAAUCAAUUUAGGAUUUUCAAUUUUCGAUAUUUUUCUCAAUUAAAUUACAAACUUACAAAAACUAAAGUAACCUGAGCAAUGGUACUGUAGAAAUUUAAUUGUUGAAAAUUUUUGGCGUCAAAUUUAUAGCUCUGUCAUGUGGAAUUUCGGUUCACAAAAAAACCAGAAAAAAAUACGUUUCGAAAAUUUUUGAAAUAAAUUUUGGAUUUUCAAUGUUCGAUUCGUUUAUCGAUUGUCAAAAACUACAAUAACCUGAGCAAUGGUAAAUACUGUAAAAAUUUGAAUGUGAAAUUUUUCAAGUCAAUUUUCUGCUUGAAUUUCGAAUUUUAGGAAUUUUUGAAAAAAAAUGCAUAAAUAUUUUGCAGAUUCACCCACGCCGCCGCUCGCCAAGGACAUUUGCCAACAUUUCUGAGUUGCAUCAACGAAGAAUCAAACAGUCCACGAGCUGCUCUCCUUUUCCAACUCAUCUUCACAAUUCUAAUCUCAUUUGUGAACACUGACAAACUAAUCACUUAUGUCGCAUUCGUUAUUUUCGGACAAAAAGCUGUCACAAUGACCGCGUUGAUUUGGAUUCGAAUUCGAAAAAUCGAAGUCGCACCCGGUGCAAUUCAUGUUCCUUUGAUAUUUUCGAUCGUUUUCUGGUUUCUCACUUGUGCACUUGUUAUUGUGCCGUUUGUUGAGGAAACUAUGGAAACUAUUGUUGGUGUUAUUCUAGUUUUGAUUGGACUCGUGAUUUAUUUGAUCUUCAAACGACCUCAAACAAUGCCAUCAUUUUUAGUUAAAUUAAAUGGCAAGUUUUGUUUUCGUUUUUUUUUGCAAAAAAAAAAAAUUUAUAAAAAAUUCUUACAGAUAGCCUGACAAGGAUUACUUGUCGAAUAUUAUAUUCAACACCGGAUUUGAAAUCUUCCGAAGAUCCGACUUCGACCACUAACAAAUCUCCUCGCUUUACUGGUGAAUCAAUUUUGAAUGAUGAUGAACUCCAAAAUCUUGGACCAAUUACAACUCAUUUAUAA